AUGACGGCCGAAGAGGAGCAGGCCAAACUGGCGCAAAACAAGCGUCCCCAUUCCGAAGUGGAAGCCGACGAGGAUGGAAGCGAAUCGUCUGACGACGACUUCGGUCCGGCGCUGCCCUCUGCUGACGCGCCCAAGAAGAAGCGCCGGAAGCUCCCAUUCGAAAAGGUUUACGUGAAUGCGCUGCCCGCGUCGGCCCGGUACUCCAAAUCGCUCAUGCACAAGGAUCAACUAUCCUUUGUAACGAUGACACCGCAUACGGAUUUCCUGAUCACCUCGUCCAUUGAUGGAGUUGUCAAGUUCUGGAAGAAGAUGGCUGUUGGCGUAGAGUUUGUCAAGGAGUUCCGCGCCCAUGCCGCGGAGAUCAAAGGCGUCAGCGUGAGCGCGGACGGGCGAAGCUUUGCGACAACCGGGGCGGACAAAACAGUCAAGAUCUUCGAUGUGAUUACGUUCGAUCUACUUGCUAUGCUAACCCUCGACUUUAGUCCCCGCUGCAUCUGCUGGGUACACCCUCGCGGCGCAUCCCUCCCACUCCUCGCCGUAACCGACGACGCCAGCAGCACAAUCCGGAUAUACGACGGCCGCGGCGAGAACCCAGCACCGCUACACACACUAAAAUCCGUCCACCGCAGUCCGAUAUCCGCAAUUGCCUUCAAUGACGCCUACAACUGCGUUGUAUCAGCCGACGAGUCCGGCAUGAUCGAGUACUGGCGCGCCUCAGAUGGCACUUUUGAGAAACCCGACAACGUCUUCGAGCUCAAAUCCUCCACCAACCUCUUCGAAUUCAAAAAGGCCAAAUCCACCCCUUCAUCCAUUACGAUAUCCCCUUCGGGAAAGCAAUUCGCAACAAUAUCCUUCCCGGACCGCCAAGUCCGCGUCUUCGACUUUGGAACGGGCAAACUAUACCGCAAGUACGACGAAUCCCUGUCUACAAUCACAGACAUGCAACAAGCCGGAACAGCAUUGUAUACCCUGGACGCCGUCGAAUUUGGCCGCCGUCUAGCUGUCGAGCGCGAGCUUGAAAACCCUGUUACCAAGCCCAAAGCAAACGUUAUCUUUGACGAAUCCAACCACUUCAUUCUCUAUGGCUCGCUCUACGGCGUGAAAUGCAUAAAUACUUACACGAACCGUGUAGUCCGCGUCUACGCCAAAGACGAGCCUUUCCGCCCCCUCAAUCUCGCAAUGUACCAAGGCCAACCCCAGAAGAAGGGAGUUGUAACGGUGUCCAUGGCCGCAAGUGCGAACCCGCUCCUAGCCGAAGCCGAAGAGCGCGAUCCCAUUCUCGUUACAACCGGCUUCGCAAAACUCCGCUUCUACCUCUUCACCAACGAAACCGAGAUCUCAAAAUCUACACGCGACGUCCACAAUGAGAAACCCCGCGACAUAGACUCCGCAGCCGCAACAGCUGCAUCCAACAAAUCGGGGGAACUGGGCACGUCGGCUAUCCUUCACACAACAAUGGGCGACAUCCACCUCCGCCUUUUCCCCAGCGCAGCCCCCAAAGCCGUCGAGAACUUCACGACUCACGCGAAAAACGGCUACUACAACAACACAAUCUUCCAUCGUGUGAUCCGCAAGUUCAUGAUCCAGGGUGGAGAUCCGCUCGGUGACGGGACCGGAGGCGAAUCUAUCUGGGGAGGAGAGUUUGAGGAUGAGUUCUCUGCUCUCAAGCAUGAUAAGCCGUAUACAUUGUCCAUGGCAAACGCCGGACCGAACACGAAUGGAAGUCAAUUUUUUAUCACUACGGAGAAGACACCCUGGUUGGACGGGAAGCAUACGAUUUUUGGCCGCGCGGUGCAGGGGCUUGAUGUUGUGCAUAAGAUUGAGAAUGUGAAGACGGUGAAGGAAAAGCCGGAGGUCGAUGUGAAAAUUGUCAGUAUAUCUGUUUCAUGA